AUAUGAUUCAAGUUCAGCUGAAUAUCGGUAUGCUAAAUUAUUGACUGAUAAUUCAUUUAAAUUUAUAAGGAAUGAAUUCGAAAAAAUGCUAAGUAUAAGACUUUAGUUCAAUGAAAAUUAAAAAGUCUAUGAAUAUCAAAAAACACCAUCAAUAAAAAUAUCUUCAACGAAUUCAUCAUGCGAUUGUACACCCCGAGCUUCAAUGAUUCUGCCUUCUCGACACAUUUUAAUGGCAAGAAAAUCAGAAAAUGAAGAUUUAUUUGAUGAAAUCUUGUGUGCUGAUAGAUGGACCCGUAAUUAUUAUUUUGGAACACAAAGAGUAUUUGUUCCACCUGAAGAUCAACCAGAAAUACCAGAGUGUGUAUUGUCAUCGAUAACUUUUAAGAAAAAAGUUUUAUCGGAGUACCAAAAAUAUAGAAAAGCUAACAAAGUUGCACAAAAAUUACCGAGUUUGGUUGCAGAAAUAGGUACAAGUAAAUAUUUACUGAGACUCAAAGUAUUGGUUGAUUUACAAAAAGCUUGGGAAAAUAAUGAAGAAAUAAAAAUUGUCGGCAGUGUUACAAUCCUACUCACAACAUCUCUACUCAAGGGAAGUAGCUACAACUCUACUCACUCACAACUUUACUCAGCUACAAUUCUACUCACGUAUUUUAGCCUAUCGAUAAAAUAGCAAUUCUUUGUGAGCAG